AACAAAAUCCACAAAUAUUUGUUAAAAUAUUCAAAGAGGAUGGGUAAAAAUAUCGAUCAUCAAGCUAGUAUUGACCCAAUUAUCUGUUAGUAAUAUCCUCAUUGACGAUUGGAUCGAUCCACCAUCCACCUGUCCUCGGUAGCAUCGUUAUUAUCGCCACUCUUCCACCGGUCAUGGAGAACACCCGUUGCUUCGCUAACCGCUUCACGGACUACAAGGGCGCCCUGCUGUCGGGUCAGCUUGGCGUCGAUGCCGUUGUGGCUACGGUGGACACAAUCCUCAAAAAGGUGCCCGAUGACGUGGGUGACUACGACGGCGGGCUGUACGACGGUCCCGCCGGGGUGGCGUACAUGCUGUAUCACGUCAGCGAAUGUCCCCUCUUCUCCGAGCGGAGGGACACGUACCUCAAGACGGCAAAGCACAUCAUCGACGUGUCGGUGCGCUGCGUGGACGCGGAGCCGGACAAGAACAUGCGUGCUGCCUUCCUGCUCGGCGGGGCGGGCAUCUAUGCCGUGGCCGCGAUGAUAUACAAGUCCCUCGGCUUGACUGACUUCGUCAAGCCGCUGACGAAAUUCCGCAACCUGUGGGAGGUGUGCGCGCCCAUUCGUUUCCUGGAGUGUGGCUCUGAUGAGCUGUUUGUGGGCCGGGCAGGCUACUUGUGUGCCGCCUUGGUCCUCAGGCAAAAGCUGGCCAUUGAGAUUCUCAGCAAGGAUCAAAUCAAAUCCAUUUGCACGGCCAUCAUCGAGUCCGGAAAGCAAUAUGCGAAGAGGAAGAGAAAGCCGUUCCCCCUCAUGUACGCCUUCUAUGGGACGGAGUACCUCGGGGCAGCCCACGGCCUAUCGUCGGUGCUACAGAUGCUGCUGAGCCACCAGGACAUGCUGAGCGGGGCCGACAAGGACCUGGUGUGGCAGAGUGUCGACUUCCUCAUGAACCAGGAGCAGAACUGCAACUGGCCCACCGAGCUGGGCGCAGUCAUCGGGAGGGAGAAUGAACUGGUCCACUGGUGUCACGGCGCUCCAGGUGUGGCCUAUCUGUUUGCCAAGGCGUACCUAAUAAACAAGACGCCCCAGUACUUGGACACAUGCAUCCGCAGUGGAGAGCUGGUGUGGCAGAAAGGUCUUUUGAAGAAAGGACCGGGCAUCUGUCACGGAGUGGCCGGCAGUGCUUAUGUCUUCCUGCUGCUCUAUCGCCUCACCGGGAACUCCAAAUACAUCUACCGGGCUCAGAGGUUUGCAGAGUUUCUCUUCACCGAGGAGUUCAAAGCGGGCUCGUGCUCCUUGACCAGCGUCUGCAGUCUGUUUGAAGGCCUGUCGGGUACCGUCUGCUUCCUGGUAGACCUUUUGCAACCCGACAAGGCAGAAUUCCCGCUGUUUACCGUCUUUGAGUGAAGGCGAAAAAAGAGGAGCAACAAAAACUAGACGUGUAAGUGCAGUUGCCGUAGAAACAGAUCUUGUUCUGUGUGUGUUUGUUUCAAAGUGGAUGUUCAGCUAUUUCCAGCUUUACCAGAUUCAUCCCACUCGGUGUCACAUUCUCGACAUACACGGCUGAAAUGCAAGGGACAAUAGUGAAUUAAGUACAAAAAAGAAACGUAGCCCAUUUUGUAGCAUGUGCUGCUCUCAGGUUUAAAAUUAAAUAAAUACACACAUUAGGUUUUUUGAGAGGCAAUCACACGCAAAAAAGAAAGAGAAACACACAAUCCUUUUGAAAAUGUUCCACUUCACCAACUAAGCACUUACUAUUCACUUGUCUUUUUUUUUAUUACCGUAUUUUCCGGACCAUAGGGUGCACCGGAUUAUAAGGCGCACUGCCGAUGAAUGGUCUAUUUUUUCCAAAUUAUUUUCCACAUAUAAGGCGCACCGGAUUAUAAGGCGCAUUAAAGGAGUCAUAUUAUUAUUUUUUUCUAAAUGUGAAACACUGUGUUGUGGUCUACAUAACAUGUAAUGGUGGUUAUUUGGUCAAAAUGUUGCAUAGAUUAUGUUUUACAGAUCAUCUUCAAGCCGCUUUCUGACAUUGCUUCCGGAUGCGCGUAUUGUGGGCGGUCUUAUUUACGUGGCUCACCUUCGGCAGCGUCUUCUCCCCGUCAUCUUUGUUGUAGCGGUGUAGCGUGCAAGGACGGGAGUGGAAGAAGUGUCAAAAGAGGGAGCUAACUGUUUUAAUGACAUUCAGACUUUACUUCAAUCAAUAACAGAGCAGCAUCUCCUCAUCCGGAAACAACAACACCGGAAAUGUGUCCCGUGAAAAAUCGUCCAACCAGAACUCUAAUAACUACAGUUCCUUUGGUGAAUAAUGUAGACUCACUACACCGGUAUGUUUUAGCGCUUUCAUGGUGAGUUUACUGACGGAUAUUAGUAAGAACUUUACACUACUUUAUAUUAGAAAUGGCAACAGCGGAGAAUGAAUGUCACAUAACAAGAACAUAGAGAAAAAGAAGAAACUUUUUGACUACGGCGUCGGCACAGACUACAAAGGCGGAGGCGUGCAAUUUUUCAGGAUUUAUGCAGAUCCCAAAUACAGAUCAGCAGGUACCAGAAGGUAAGAAAAGUUGCUUUUGCAUAAUAUUGCGAAACAAAACGCCAGACAAUGUCUUACCUAUACACACACCAUAAUAAUACUCGUAUGUUGAAGCACAUCAAGCGGUGUGGCUUCAUUCUUACCGAAGUCGUACUAAAACAGUUUGAUAGAUUUUUGAGCGCCGUGUGUAAUGUUCUAUAUUUUCAAUGGAACAUAUAAAAUGUUGGUGUUUACUUCAGUCAUAUUGCCAUCAUAGUGCAGUCUACACUUAUCUCUUAUGUUUGACUGCCAUCUACUGGUCACACUUAUCAUUACAUCAUGUACCAAAUAAAAUAGCUUCGAGGUGAGUAAGCUCAACCAAACUUAUUCCUUACAUAAGCGCACCGGGUUAUAAGGCGCACUGUCGAGUUUUGAGGGAAAAAAAGGAUUUUAAGUGCGCCUUAUAGUCCGGAAAUACGGUACAUAUCUGGCAUGUUCACUGUGUUGUCUUUUGACUUCUUGUAUUUGUUAGUCUCUAGAUUAGUUCAACAACUGAAGUCCAGUUUCUGGUUUUAUUAAUUCAGUGUGAUAACGAGGCCUUAAAACCGACUACAGUUGGUUUAAAAAUGUAAAAAUAAAAGAACAAGGCCUAUGAAUUCAGCAAAUGUCAAACCAAAGUUUUGGAUGCUAAUCGUGCCUGUUUGUAGUGUUUCUAAGACGUGUAUGCUUUUUUUGCAUUCUAGUCUAUUGGGUUAUUGUUGUCAUGAGUAAUAAAGUGUGCAGAUGAAAU